UUAUGCCUCCCGCCGCCCGGCCCGGCCCACCCCAGCCUCGCGAGACCGCGCCGGUGGCCCUGGCGACGCGGGGGCGGUACGGGCGGGAACAUGGCGGCGGCGGGCGGUUGGCUGAGGAGCUGCGGGAAGCUGAAAAGAAAUUUGCCAGCAUACUUGGCUCCUUGGAGGUCUUCUCCGUGUGUCUUUAGAUCCUCCAAAUCAGAACUUCUGCCAAAUCUUGCCAGUGAUGGGGUUGUCUGUGCUCCGCUUCAAACAUUCACCGAAGAGGAGUCGAUGCUGAAAAAUAUGGUGACAAAAUUUGCUCAGGAACGAGUUGCACCUUUGGUACAAAAAAUGGAUGAGAAUUCAAAAAUGGAAGACUCUGUAAUACAGGGAUUGUUUGAACAAGGGCUGAUGAGUAUCGAGCUUGGGGAAGAAUAUGGAGGAACUGGAGCUUCAUUUUUUUCAAUCAUAUUGGUGGUAGAAGAAUUGGCCAAAGUUGAUCCAGCUGUAGCUCUUCUGUGUGAACUCCAAAAUACACUGACAAAUAAGUUGUUUACUACAUACGGAACAGAAGAACAAAAGAGAACUUACUUGCCCAGGGUCGCUAAAGACACAAUAGGCAGUUUCUGUCUUUCGGAGGCUGGAUCCGGCAGUGAUGCUUUCUCUUUGAAGACUCGGGCUGAAAAGAAAGGAGACUACUAUAUUAUCAAUGGCUCAAAGAUGUGGAUUAGCUCAGCAGAACAUGCAGGAGUUUUCUUUGUGAUGGCAAAUACAGAUCCAUCCUUAGGAUACAGGGGAAUUACAUGCUUCAUAGUAGAUCGUGACACAGAGGGACUACAUAUAGGGAAGAAGGAGGACAAGCUUGGAAUCAGGGCAUCUUCUACCUGCCCAGUAACAUUUGAAAAUGUUAAGGUUCCUGAGACCAAUAUCCUGGGGCAGGUUGGACAAGGCUAUAAGUAUGCAAUUGGAAUGCUAAAUACUGGCAGAAUAGGUAUCGCUGCACAGAUGUUAGGACUGGCACAGGGGUGUUUUGACCACACGAUUCCCUAUACAAAGGAGAGAGUCCAGUUUGGGAAAAGCAUAUUUGAUUUCCAGGGGAUGCAACAUCAGAUAGCUCAUGUGGCCACGCAGCUGGAGGCAGCGAGGUUGCUGACCUACAACGCAGCCCGUCUUGCGGAAACAGGAAGGCCAUUCAUAAAGGAGGCCAGCAUGGCCAAAUACUACGCUGCUGAGGUUGCAACACUGACAACUAGUAAAUGUAUUGAAUGGAUGGGUGGCGUUGGAUUCACAAAAAGUUAUCCAAUAGAAAAGUACUAUCGUGACUGCAAGAUAGGUACAAUAUAUGAAGGAACUUCCAAUAUCCAGCUGAGCACCAUUGCAAAAAGCUUAGCACAGCAGUACUGAAACCAUAAGGACUUCUUGACUGUUAACUGAACUAACCAUUCAUUGCAAAUUACACAUUUAUUUGUAAUUAUAAAAAUCAUAAAUAAGAAUACAUCAUCACAGACAAAAUCAUAAGGAAAACCAUGCAUUCCCCAUUUCAGGACAGUGAGUGUGUAAUUCAUGUGAAAUUGUGAAUUGCACAUUCAAAUCCACAUCAUGGGUUAAAAGUAUUUCUUUCUGCCUGAGACACUUCUAAGCUAACACACUGGCUGAAAUGAUUUUGCUGCUUUCGGCUAUACAGUGUAUCUCUACUUUGAGAUUUCAAAGUGAACAGAAAAGAAACCGAAUCUUUGGCUUGCCUGGUGUGAAAGGUUCUGUCAAGCCACCUGGGAGAAAGGACUCUGCACAUGCAGCAGACCUGUUGCAUGGCAUGAAGCUGCUGUUUGUUCAUGAUGCCCUUUAUUAGCAUGGGGUACAGGAGGGGUAUGUGGAAAGAGAUAGAAGUGAUGGUUUCCUCUCUCCCAGGUGGAGCGAUGUCUGUGGAGCUGCUGUAAUUGGAGUAAUUUUUAUAGCAGCCCUUACUGUGUUCUUAAGUAUAUCUUGGUAAUUAAGCCCUUCCAGCCCCAAUUUGUAGUACUGAAAGGUGGAUAAUAUCUACCUCCCUUUCCGGCCUUCUCAGCUGUUAAGGGUUUUAAUCUAAGAGGCUAUUUAUAGUUCUCCUUUCAUAAAAGGUUGAGUUGAAAUGGGGUUAAAAAAGCUCUAGUAGUUCUGCAAAAAGACAGAGAUAUAAGCUAGGUAAUAGGAACGCUGUGAUACUACCUCACAGCGGCCUUUCCACGUUCAGUGCAUUUUAUGAACUUUAAUCCUCAGAACCUUCCUGGGAGGUAGGGAGGGGAUGUUAAUUUGCAGCCUAGAAAACUCACGCAUGGCAGUUAGUGGUUCUCUGAUGAAGUUUUUCUUCUUUUGAUAGUGGCAGGGGGCAGGGUGGGAGAGAAGUAUUUGCUUUUUUAUCCGUCCCUGUUUACUUUUAAAUUAGGCAUUUUAUUUAUGGCAGAACUAAGAAUCAAGAGACAGAAUCUUAAUACAUGAAAAAUCACUAUAAUUGCUGUAAUUGGCAAUUUGUUUCAAGUGUUUUUGGGAGGGAAGGAUUGGUUUUCUGGUUUUGGCUGACUUAGACGAAUCUCAUUCUUAGAGCUUGCUAGUCACUGAUGAUUCACUUCGAGUUGAGCUUAUAAUGUUACAGGCUGGGACUCCCAAAGUGCUUUCCUACAGUCUGAACUUCGAUGCCAUAGUCCAGGAACAGCCGGAACAGCCUCAUCAGCUACUCAAUAGUCCUUCUCAGAAAAGCAAGUUCAAGCCUUUAAAUAUUUCACACCUCAGUUCUAUAUGCUGUAUUCUGUACACAAUAACUUUUGAAAAAAAUGUAUGUAUUGUAUUCGAUUCUUGUCUACAAAAUUCUGUGGAGGAACAUGCGCACAAAUUAAUUACAACCACUGAGUUUCUUUCAUCGUUUUAAAAGGGCACGUACCACUGUGGAGAGCAUUAGCUAUUCUGGUCACCGACUCUGGGAAGAGGUAACUCAUUUUAUCCCCUGAAGUCUGGUUCCAUUGCUGCACUAACACAGACGUUGGUUUAGCAGGAAGAUGUGCUGUGCUGUUGUCCAGGAGCUGUUAAGAGCUGCCUGUGCUCCCCACCCCCUGUUCAGUUUGGGACAGGCAUUUAUAGAUUGUCAUAAAUUGUUAUUUCUACGUUUGACACUGUGAGCACAGGACUGUUGGUGGUGGCUGGCUGCACCAGUAGGUGUAGAGCUGCAGAGCUGCCCUUGUGAAUGCUCUGAGGCUUUCCCUGCUAAUGACAGGACUUAAAGCUGCUUUAUACACCAUACAUAUUUAUAUUAGUGAGUUUUCCCUGUAUAUGCCCUUAGUCAGCCCAGACAGCCUGGUCUAUUGCCCUGGAACAGCAUUUUCAGUAUCAAAUGUUGCACCUGAGCUUCCACAGUUAGAAGAGAAGCCCUGUAUUGAGAAUGUAUUAAAAGUGCCUGAAUUUUAUAUUUGACUCGAUACAGUGUUAAUCCUGUACAUCAGGUGAUGGUUCUCUAAUAAUCUGUCAUUUUAAACUGUGUCCUAGAUCUUGCAAUUUUUAUACUGGGAGAGAAUGAAUACAUCUUCUGUCGGGUAUCUUUGGUAUAUUGUGGUUUGUGAUAAAGGUCUGAGGCAGGUUUCCACAGAAAAGUUUAACUGCUGCAUGGGAAAUACUCAAAUACAACAUUUUAUAUAAUGUU